AUGUCUGUAAUUCAAGAUACUCCUGAAUUGAAAACAAACCCACUCGAAUCCGAAUCCACAUCUAAACGGAGCUCCAAGAAGAAGACUCGUCAACCUGAUACCCUCUUUCAUGGAGUGAGAAAACGGAGCUGGGGCCGGUAUGUGUCUGAAAUUCGGUUACCCGGUAAGAAGGCUCGAGUAUGGCUCGGGUCAUUUGGGUCACCAGAGAUGGCUGCCCGGGCCUAUGACUCGGCUGCUUUCUUUUUAAAAGGCAACUCUGCGAGUCUCAACUUCCCUGACUCAGUCGGGUCACUUCCCCGCCCCGAGUCUUGUUCUAGGAAAGACAUCCAAUUGGCAGCUGCUAAAGCUGCAAUUGGUUUUGAAAAAACGAGGGUGGGGUUUGAAGAUAGCGAGUCGGGUGAAGAACCCGAUAAUUCAGUUUGGUUGGGUUUGGAUGAUCUGGAAACCAUAGCGUAUGAAGAAGUGGAACGAGCUCCUUUAUUGAGCCCAUUGAGUCGAGUUUUUAUCUCGGUUUUCAAGGGUUGCGCUUUCAAGGCUCUGGCUCUGCUUGUUGAAGUCGGUAUCACUUUGCUGUAG